AUGAACAAUAACUUCUGCCGGGCCCUGGUGGAGCGGCGGCCGAUGGGGCCCCCCAGCUGCAUGCAGCUGGGCGUCGUGCCCCCUCCCCGGCAGCCGCCCCUGCCCCCCGCCGAGCCCCUGGGCAACGUGCCCUUCCUGCUGUACCCGGGCCACGCGGAGCCGCCCUACUACGACGCCUACGCGGGGGUGUUCCCCUACGUGCCCUUCCCCGGCGCCUUCGGGGUCUACGACUACCCCUUCGAGCCCGCCUUCAUCCAGAAGCGCAACGAGCGCGAGCGCCAGCGCGUCAAGUGCGUCAACGAGGGCUACGCGCGCCUCCGCGGCCACCUCCCGGGCGCCCUGGCCGAGAAGCGGCUCAGCAAGGUGGAGACGCUGCGCGCCGCCAUCCGCUACAUCAAGCACCUGCAGGAGCUGCUGGGCGCGGCCCCGGACGGCGGGCCACCCCCCUGCCCCGCGCCGCCCGCCGCCGCCCGGCCCGACCGCCCCGGCGACGGCGAGGCCCGGGCGCCCCCCUCCCUGCUGCCCGAGUCGUCCGAGUCCUCCUGCUUCUCCUCCUCGCCUUUCUUUGAGUCGGAGGAAUCCAGCCAUUGA